AUGGCAGACGCACAACACACAAACGCGCCUCGCCCGCAGCCUGCUGCUCAAGACAGCAGCGCAGCAGCAGCAGCAGCAGCAGCAGCUGUAGGGGGAGGCUCUGAUGCCGACACACAGAAGCAGGGCGAGGAGCACCGACGAGCAGACCAGCAGCACACUGCAGCAGCACGCGCUGCAGCAGCAUCUACAGCAGCUGCUUCUGCUGCAGAGGUUGCAGCAGCUGCAGCAGCGACAGCUGGCGCUCCCAAAGCACAGGUAGUAGCACCCACAGAAGCAGCAGCAGCAGGCACAGCAGCAGCAGCAGCAGAAGAUGCGCAAGAAGCUCAUGCGCUUGUAGGAGGCCCGCAGCAGCAAGAAACAAGCAGCAGCAGCAGCAGCGGCAGCGACAGCACCUGCAGCAGCAGCAACGCAGCGCGCAAAGCUGCCGCGGAAGAAACCAGCAGCAGCAGCAGCAACAGCAGCAGCAGCAGCAGCACGAGCGACGAGUCGCCGUCAGCCGCAGCCGCCGCAGCAGCGCCCGAAGGCGGCGGGAGCCGCCGACGCGGCAGCAGCAGGAGGAACCCUUACACCAGCAGCAGCAGCAGCAGCAGCAGCAGCACCAGCAGCAGCAGCAGCAGCAGCAGCAGCGUGUCCGCUCUGGAAGCAAAACAAAGAGCUCGUCUUAAAAGACAAUUCUAUUUGGACUCCGACUGGAAGACAGUGGACUUUCGCCCGCAGACGCCGGAGACGAAGAAAAGCAGGCUUUUCUUGAAUUCACUUUGUUACUUAUGUGAAGGAGUCAUCACCAAGAAAAGCACUCUCGGCAGGAAGGCAGGUCUGGGUCUUUUCUGCGAACGCCCCGAGGGCUUUGCCAAGGGCGCUGUCAUAACUGAAUUCGUUGGCUGGCUCGUAGACAGAGAACAGGCGGAGCAGCUGAGAAAAAGAAGAAAGGCCUCGCACAUUGUCGCCGUCCAGAAGGGCUUUCUCUACAUCGACGGAGUCAAAGACCCCUAUUACGGCACCGGAGGCGCCAGCUUCGCCAACGACGGCAGCGAAUUCCUGGGGGGUCCAGGAAACAAUUCCUACUUCUAUCACUGGUUUGACGAGGAGUUGGGGCGCACUCGAGUCUUUCUGCGCGCGACGCGCAGCAUCGCCAAUGGAGAAGAGAUUUUCGUUCCUUAUGACAAAAACUACUGGCAAGACAACUUUGAAGAACAAGAAGAAAACUGCCCAGAUGCAUUCCGCAAGCGCAAGAUAGAGCAGCUGCAGCGGAAGUACAAAGACUUCACAAUUACCUCCAUGCAGGACCUUAAGGCUCGACAGGCUCUGGUGGAGCAGCAAAAGCGGCUGAAGCGGGAGAAGGCGAAGGAGGUGAAGCGGAAACCCCUGAAGCCGAACCUGAAAAGGCCACUGUCGGCCUUCAUGAGGUUUUCCGUGAGCAGACGGAAAGAACUCGUGGCUGCGAAUCCGGAGCUGCGGCACCCCAAGUGCUUCAAGGAAAUUGCCCAGACGAUUUCGCAGGACUGGAAAUGCCUCAGCGCCAAGAAGAGAGCCGAACUUGAACAGGAAGCUGCAGCGGACUUCAACAAAUAUAAAGCCAAACUUAAAGAAUGGAGGGCCACACACGCCCCCAAAAAGAGGAAAAAACAAAGAAAAAGUGUUACAAGGACUCAAUCGACUCCACCUGCAGCAGCAGGAGACACAUGCGCUGCUGAGGCUGGUGAUGCUGCAGUAGAUGAUUCAGCUGCACAGGUUACUGGGGAGGAUGGUGACGACAAAGAGCUGCAAAGCGAGGAGAAGCAGCGCCAAAGCCGAGAAGCAGAAACCGCAAAUGCUGCCACAGACGUGCCGGAAAGCGCGGACGAUACCAGAAGCAGCAGCAGGCAGUCUUCGAGGCUUGAGGCUCCAGCUGCUGCUGCUGUUGCUGACGCGGACGCGAGCAAAGACUUGAAGAAGGCGGCGGCUGCUGCGGAAGCAGCGUGUGCCUCGACGGUAGCGUAG